CAACACAAAAUGAACAAAAUUCAUCUCGGAAUAUUUUUCACCUCAACCUUUCUUCUGGCAUGGCAUGUCGCUGCUGGCGAAACGUUAGUCGUGCCACUGAUUUGCGCAUCGGACAUAUCAACGUACGAUAAGACAGUUCAGUGCACCGUCAAUGACUUGAUUGUGUCCCGAAAUGACGAAACCCCGACGGAAAUCGACACGACACCGAUCGAGUUGGGUCCAGAUCGAUACUACGAAAUUGUCUUUGAGAAUUCGACGUUGCCGCAUUUGCCAUCGCAGCUUUUUGAGCAAGUAGAGAAGUUGAGAACACUCAAAGCGAUCAAUUGUGGCGUCGAAGAGUUGCAAUCGGAGGUUUUUGGGAACGCGAGUUAUUUAAGAAAACUCUUUUUGGCUCACAAUGAGAUUGAAAAACUCGAUGCGACGAGUUUCAAAGGCGCCAACGACUUGGGACUCAUCGAUUUGCCCUUCAAUAAGAUCACGACAAUCGAGCAGAUGACUUUUGACGAUCUCACGUACUUGAGUUACGUGAAUUUGAGCUAUAACCAAAUUGAUUUUGUGGAUGCGGACUUGUUUAAAGCCAAUAGUAUGUUGCUGAAUAUCGAUUUGAGCCACAAUCAGUUGAAAAAUUUGGAAUUACAACUUGGAUCAGUGACCAGCGUUGAAGCAUCGUACAACAUGAUUGAAAAUUUCUGGAUGGAACAGGUCGAAGCGAAGUUAAAUGAUCAAUAUUACUCCAAAUUCUACGUAAAAAUCUUCCUAAGUCACAAUAAAAUCAACCAAUUCAAGGUUGACAAGCGUUUCAAGGUGCGCCAUUUAUCGCUAGACCACAAUAAAAUCGAUGAUUUGACAGAUUUACGAGAUCGCUUACCGGAUCACAUUGAAAUCCUCGAUUUGUCACACAAUGAAAUCGGUGCCUUGUCGCAAGAUACCUUCCAGCACUUUUAUAACUUGCGGAAUUUGUACAUGCAUCACACAAAUCUCAAAAUGACAGACCCGUAUGUCUUCCUGGGACUCGUUAACUUGACCGAACUCGACUUGUCCUUCAGUCACAUCGAAACAGUGCCGUACAAUUUGUUCCAUAAUCUCAAUUCCAUCGAGUUGCUAAAUCUCGACGGGAAUAAUUUGACGGAAUUGCACGUAGAGCAGAUGCCAAAUCGCGUUUUUGCCAUUUCGCUUUUCCACAAUAACUGGAAUUGCGAGUAUUUGGAGAAGAUUUUUGAUCAGUUGAGGGAACGUAAUCAAGUUCAUGUGCCGCCGAUGAUGGUGGAGUUGGCAGAAAAUGAAAGUGGGGUGGCGACGAAUAGUAGCAGUGUGGAAGAGCAAGGGAACGUUAAUGGAGUGACAUGUACCGAAUAAUUGGUUUGUUUUAGAAAAAAAGGCGGAAUGGAAAAUUUAAAAAAAAUGUAUGAGUUGAGAAAAAAAUAAAUAAAAUU